AGAUGACAACGAAGCAUGCUUCGAGUCGAAAUAUUGAACGUUAGCUAGCAUAAUCUGUUGUUAGCUAGCUUGUCUGACGGAAUGUUUUGAAUAUGCCAGCAGACCGUUGGAAAUUAUUUUGUUGCAAUCAGUCAAGAAUGUCUGUGAACGAGGAGCGCACUGUGACCGUACAGGACAUUCUGGAAGACGAGGAGCUGCAAGAGGCGUAUGCUGUGUUGGCUGGAAGUGAUCCAGAUAAUUGUUCCUAUCCCCAGGGAUAUGUGAAGAGACAGGCUGUUUUUGCCUGCAACACUUGCACACCCAGAGGGGUAGAACCUGCUGGGCUCUGCCUUGCCUGCACCAACCAUUGCCAUGAUGGGCAUGACAUAUUUGAGCUCUACACAAAAAGGAAUUUCCGCUGUGAUUGUGGAAACAGCAAGUUCGGCGUGUUUAGGUGCCAGCUGAGUCCUGGCAAAGACCGACAAAACGCAAAAAAUCAUUAUAAUCACAACUUCCAUGGCUGUUACUGUACCUGUGACAGACCUUACCCAGACACUGAAGAUCAGGUUAAUGAGGAUAUGAUUCAGUGCAUCAUCUGUGAGGACUGGUAUCAUCCUAGGCACCUGGGUUGUACGGUGGAAGACUCUGAGGAGCUGCAGGAGAUGGUGUGUGAGACCUGCAUGAACAAAGCCCCCUUCCUCUGGACAUACUCCACCCACAUUGCAGAACCUCCUGUGGUCAAAGUGAGCCCCUGUAAAAGGGAAGUUGAAGUCAACAAGGAGGAAGAUAAGGAGCCAGAGGACAAGAGUGAUGAGCCCUGUAAGAAUGGGGGCGAGGGGUCCUCUACCAGCCCCAGCUGUCAAGAGAAGAAUGAGGCUACGAAUGGGAGGACUGCUUGCAAACGGACUCACCAGGAGAUGACAGGCAUUCCUGUGAAGAGCCAGGACAAGACUGUGUAUUGCAGGCUGAGGGAGCUGAAGACACAGGGCCUGGAGAGAGCUAGGGAAGGGGCUGUGUUCUGGCCUUACCACUGGAGAGCCACGCUGUGCACCUGUGUCAGCUGCAAGAGGGCCUACGUCGACGCGGGAGUGCAGUUCCUGCUGGAUGAGUCAGACACUGUCCUGGCCUAUGAGAACAGAGGCACUGUAGAGCAAGGACCUGCUAGUCUUGACAGUCUGCUCAUGUCAAGCCUGAGUACUCUGGACCGCGUGCAGCAACUAGAGAUUGUUUACCAGUUCAAUGAGAUGCAGACUGAACUGAUGACGUUCCUACGGCAGAUAGCUGAUGAAGGAAAGGUUGUCACAGCAGAGGCCAUCCACCAGUUCUUUGGGGAGCUGAUGUCCAGGAAGAGGCGGCAAAUGAACAGCUGAUGUCAUUCUGCCCCUCAGUGGCGUUGUCUACUUGUUUUUUAAUGUUACUUUGGGUUCAUAGCAAAACAGUUCGAUGUCCCUCAAACGCCUUCUGCUUUAAAUAAAAGAUGCUGUUGCUGAGGUUUGAAGUUGAA